UCGAUCUUGUGUUGAUGGGUUGUAUGCAUUCGAGUCACCUGAUCUGAAGUCUAAUCAAUAUCAUAUUAAUAAUUCUUCAAUUAUAUUUAACUAAUUGUAAAAAUACGAAAAUAUGAGUGGUAAAGAUACUAUACCAGUUUUCCCAUCUCGAAUGGCUAUGACCAUUAUGAAGGGACGUUUAAAAGCUGCUCAAAAGGGACAUGGCCUUCUGAAAAGAAAAGCAGAUGCUUUGCAAAUGAGAUUUCGACAAAUUCUGAAAAAAAUUGUUGAGACCAAAUCUCUUAUGGGAGAUGUGAUGAAAGAAGCUGCUUUCUCUUUAGCUGAAGCUAAAUUUACUACUGGGGAUUUCAACCAUAUUGUUUUGCAAAAUGUUACAAAAGCACAAAUCAAAGUCCGCAGCAAGAAGGACAAUGUCGCUGGUGUGAAUCUUCCUGUAUUUGAGAGUUUUCAAAAUGGAGUGGAUACCUAUGAAUUGGCUGGCUUGGCUAGAGGUGGACAACAAUUGGCUAAGCUGAAAAAAAAUUAUGCUAAAGCAGUUCACCUGUUAGUUGAUUUAGCAUCUCUUCAGACAUCUUUCAUCACUUUAGAUGAAGUUAUCAAGGUUACAAAUCGAAGGGUGAAUGCUCUUGAACAUGUUGUUAUUCCAAAGAUUGAAAGAACUAUUGCUUACAUUACAUCAGAAUUAGAUGAGCGAGAAAGAGAAGAAUUUUAUAGAUUGAAGAAGAUCCAAGGCAAGAAAAAAGCAAUGAGAGCGGAAAAUGACAGAUUGAAAGAAGAAUUAAAAGCUCGGGGUGUUGAAGUUGAUUCUGCACCCAAUCUCCUGGAAAAUGACAAUGAAGAUGAUGUGCUGUUUUAGUUUAGAUGUUUUUCAAUUUCAAACUUUAAAAAAUAUGCAAAAUAUUCAGAUCUUUUGGUGUAUGUAUAGAGGUGUAUAUAUAUUCAAGAAAAUGUUUAUUGUUUGAAAUGUACUAUAUCAGUUUAUUUUUGUAGGAAUUGGUUGAGUUUAAUUAAUUAUAUACGAGUAAAUUUUUUUAAUAAGUGCAGUUCUUGCAAGGAUUAGAUAAUUUAGAUGGUUGCAGCAUUGGGUAUUGAAUCUUGUUUUUUGAUUUGAAAGAACUAUAUUAACAUCAAAAUGUGAUAUUUAAUCGGUAAAUUAUUGCUUAUCAUAUUGAGUUUAUAAAAAAAUUUUACAACAUAUACUGGUAUAUGUUUUUUGUGAAAUCGUUAAAUGUGUAAACACUGCUUGCAUUUGUAUAUCAGUGUAGUUAAAUGUAUAGUGAGAAUGUAUUAAAGAUAAAAUAUUAUUUCUUUUUUAAACUGUGUAUUUGAUCUGUCAAUGAAUUUAUUACUUUAAAAUAAAUACUGUUGAAAUAUUUUAGCAAUAUGAUUACAUUACUUUUUUUAAAGGUAUUGUAUUUCAUCCCUGAAAUCAAUAUAAUU